UUUUGUUCACACCAGAACCUAAAGAGAGGAACCCCAAAAGGUCAUAUGAAAGAAAUAUGCCCACAAAAGCCCAAGCCCUUAACCCAAAAAAAGUCAUUUGAAUCAAAGACUGUCACUUCAAGUAAUGGCGAUCAUGAUAUUAUGCUAGGCAGGUUUGUUGAAACAGCAGGUGAUCCCACGACGCCUUCAUCGAUGAGAGUGGACAUCACUUUAUGGGACUCAAAGAGAAAGAGAAGGAACUGGUCAGGGGGAUUAAAGAAAAAGCCUGUUAGAUCUGAAUGUGCUUCAACCACCACGACCACCACUACUACUACAACUACAUACAGUAAUCAUAAAACCACUAUUGACACAGGUGGUAGCAAAAGAAAGAGAAA